AUGAGUGCACCGGAGAACUCUGACCAGGUACCUGGCCUUGCCGAUGGCCUGGCUCCAUCCCACACAUAUGUGCCUAACCAGGGCUAUGUGAACCCUGACAAAGAGGCCAACUCCGAUAUGGCGGGGCAAGAGCCCACCGAAGAAUACGAUGAAGAUGAAGACGAGGACUACGAAGAUAUCUUUGAGGAGGAACUCGACCGGGAGGAUAUCUUGUCUUCGGACCCAUCGGACCUGACAAAGGCCUACAAUCGCCAGCGAAAAUUGAAUGAGCUUGCCUCUGAUUCCAACGUUCCCAAAUGGACCUACCCUAAGACGAACACUCAAAAGCCCACUAUCAACACACAUGCCUCGAUUGAUGACCAGGUCAAGUCCUUGACCAAACAUGCCGCCAAGAUCAAGCUCGAUGACCAGCAGUCCGGUCUUUCUUCAAAGGGUGACAAGGGCGGAGACCGUGCGGACCGUGCGACAUCAGAGCAAGUGCUCGACCCUCGUACCCGCAUGCUGCUCCUGCAGAUGAUUAACCGUGGCUUGGUCUCUGAGAUCCACGGUUGCUUAUCUACUGGUAAGGAGGCUAAUGUCUACCACGCCAUUUUGUUGUCCGAGGACGACGAGACUGUGCAGGUUCACCGUGCUAUCAAGGUUUACAAGACCAGCAUCCUGGUCUUCAAGGAUCGUGACAAGUAUGUCACUGGUGAGUUCCGAUUCCGUCAGGGAUACAACAAGAGCAACAACCGUGCAAUGGUGAAGAUGUGGGCUGAGAAGGAAAUGCGUAACCUGCGGAGAAUCUACUCUGCUGGCAUUCCUUGCCCCGAGCCUAUUUACCUUCGCCUGCACGUCCUUGCGAUGGGUUUCAUUGGUAGCUCCAAGGGAGUUGCCGCCCCUCGUCUCAAGGAUGUUGAAUUCGAUAUUCCCGAGCCGGAUCUGCGCUGGCGAUCAUUGUACAUGGAGUUGCUGAGCCUCAUGCGUGUGAUGUACCAAGUCUGCCGGCUUGUACACGCCGAUUUGAGCGAGUAUAAUAUUCUGUACCACAAGAACCGCCUUUAUAUCAUUGAUGUCAGUCAAAGUGUUGAGCAUGACCACCCUCGCAGUCUUGAGUUCCUUCGAAUGGAUAUCAAGAACGUCAGUGAUUUCUUCCGUCGCAAGGGUGUGCACACUCUGUCCGAGCGAACUAUCUUCCAGUACAUUCUGGCUCCAGAAGGCCCUGUUGAUAUUUCCUCCGGAUAUGAGGAGAUGUUUGAAGCUAUUGAGAAGCUUUUCACUGCUCGCGAUGAGUCAGGUGCCACCGAAGAGUCUGAGGAAGUUGACACUGCCGUCUUCCGUCAGCAAUACAUCCCCCAAACCUUGGAGCAAGUCUAUGAUGUUGAGCGGGAUGUAGAGAAGAUCCGUGACGGUGGAGGCAAUGAUCUUGUUUAUGGUGACUUGCUAGCGACGAAUAAGUCCAAGCCUGUUGCUGACGGCGAAGAUGUGGACUCCGAUGCCAGUGGUGGUGUGUCCUUGUCAGACUCUGAAUCCGACGAGGAUGAGGAGGAGAAGGAUCCCUUCGCGCCCAAGCAACCCCGCGGCAAACGCUUCGAGGACAAGGAUGCUAAGCGUGACCACAAGGCUAAGGUCAAAGAGGAGAAGCGUGAGCAGCGUGCGAAGAAGAUGCCCAAGCAUCUGAAGAAAAAGCUCGUUUCUACCUCUUCUCGCAAGAAGAAAUAA